GACACGAUCAACCAAUAAACUUCUGGUUCUCACGGAAAAAUGGCAUGUUGAUUGGCUACCGCGUCCCUUCUUGCUGCGUCUCGCCAGUUCCCGGCAUCCCGCAAACCUGUGCUUCUUCCCGCGUUCUGUGUGCAGAAGCCAUUUCAUCUUGUAUAAUUUCUGUCACAGCAGCCUGCGGUCGCAUUUUUGUCUCACGCUAUUGAGUAAUAUACAAUAUGAAGCUAUAUAGCGUUUCGGAUGGUCCACCAUCUCUUGCUUGCCGGCAGUUGUUGAAGGCUUUGGAUAUUAAGUACGAAUUAAUCAACGUGGAUUUGGGGAAAUGCGAACAUAUGACUACAGAAUACGAAAAGCUAAAUCCACAAAAAGAAGUACCGACUCUUGUUGACGAUGAUCUUGUAAUGGGUGAAAGCAACGCAAUUUUGCAAUAUUUAGCUGACCAGUAUGAUACGAGCGGUAAAUUGUAUCCGAAGGCACCAAAGUUGCGUGCGAUUGUCAAUCAUCGUCUGUGUUUCAAUUUAGCGCUUUAUUAUCGUAAUAUCGCCGAAUAUACCUUCUUGCCAAUAUUCUUUGAUUAUGAACGCACGCCGUUGAGUCUUAAGAAAACGAGAAUUGGGUUGGAUAUCUUUAAUACGUAUUUGCAACGCGAAAACUCUGAGUAUGCAGCAAGCAACAACUUGACAAUUGCCGAUUUUCCGCUGAUAACCGCGACGAUGUGCCUGGAAGCUAUCGAUUUCAAAUUGGACGAGUGGUCUUACGUGGCGAAAUGGUAUGACAAUUUCAAACGGAAGCAUCCUGAUCUCUGGGAGAUCGCGGCGGGUGGAAUGCAGGAGAUCAGUUAUUGUGAGAAACAUCCACCCGAUAUGUCCGGUGUGGAUCACCCGAUACAUCCGGUGCGCAAGAGCGCGUGAAAGAAUUUCAGCAACGAGACUGAGCACAGUUUUGAAUAAUAUACCAAUACUUGCUUUAAAUAGAUUUGCAGUUUUUAUACGUGUAAUACGAGAAGAAUGAUAAUAAAAGUGAUGUUCUUACUAAA